AGUUGAAAUGCCAUGUUCUCUGUCUACAGAGAUAAUUUACCUGUCAACCUUAUCAUCCUAGGGUGGAUUACACAACUAAAGACCAUCAUGGUAUGCAAGACAAAAUACAUUCCAUCAAACAUAGAAAAUAUCAUAUCAAAAAGUAUCUGCAUYCAAGCAGGACCUCCUGCACGGUAUCGUCUGGUAACAAAGAAACAGAGUCUGGAUGAGGGUGAUCAUCUCAGAAUAUGGACCUUUGGAGAGAGAGAUCCCACCAAGGUCAACAAAACCMUACUGAUAGUGGGAGAGACMGGAACAGGGAAAUCAACUCUGAUCAAUGCCAUGGUCAACUACAUCUUAGGUGUAGAGAACAAGAACCAAGUCUGUUUUGAGAUUGUCGAGGAGGAAAAAAGAAGUCAGACUGAAAGUCAAACUACAGCGGUCACUGUUUAUGAAGUGUUUGGACAUGAGGGCCUGAGAGUCCCCUACUCUCUCACCAUCAUUGACACUCCUGGGUAYGGAGACACCAGAGGGAUCCAAGAAGACAAACUGGUCGCUGAAAUUCUGUAUCAAUUAUUGAUAUGUUCAGAUGGGAUUCACCAAAUUGAUGUUGUGGGUUUUGUGGUAAAGGCAACUGAGAAUCGACUCAGUGACAGACAGAAGUACAUCUUCGAUGCAGUUUUGUCUUUAUUUGGCAAAGACAUGGAGAAGAACAUUGUAGCCCUCAUAACACACUCAGAUGGUGGGGAACCUACUUCUGCUCUGAAGGCCCUGGAAGUAGCAAAGGUCCCUGGUGCMAGAGAUGAGARGAAUCAACCUGUUUAUUUCCUUUUCAACAACCGUCAGCGUAAUGCUUSUUGUGAAACAGAGAAACAGGCUAAGAAAGAAGAAUCCGCCAUGAGGACUGCACAGGAAACAUCAAAAGAWGGCAURRAGGAAUUCACAGAGUUCCUUGGGGAMAUAAUACCUCAAAACGUGAAGAUGACAGAAGGAGUUCUGAGAGAGCGCAAACGACUGGAAGCGUGUAUCAUCAACUUACAGGAGAGAAUUGAGAAGAUCGAGCUGAAGCAGAAUGAGAUCCAGCAGACUCAAAGAGCUCUAGAGGGGCACAAGGAAGAGAUGGAGAGCAACCAGGACUUUACAUUCUAUGUGGAUGUGCCUUACACAGAAAAAAUCAAACUGGAGACAGGAUGGGCUACCACCUGCAAAACCUGUAAGGAGAACUGUCAUCAUCCAGAUUGUUGGAGUUGGACACUAUUGUCAUGGUGCAUUGUUAUGAAAAGUAGCAACUGCACUGUGUGUACUAAGAAGUGCUCUGCCUCAAGUCAUGAGAAAACACAAGAAAUAUAUGUACAUAAGACCAAAAAGGAAGAAAGGACUCACGAUAAUCUAAAAAAGAAGUAUGAAAUCAAUGAGAAAGGGCUGGGUGAAAAGGAGAAUUUGAUCUCUGCAAUUGAGGAAGAUUUGAAGAAAGCUAAGGAUAAAAAAUUCCAUCUGGUGGAAGAAUCAUACCAGUGUGUGAUGAGCCUGGAAGAGAUUGCUCUAAAAGCUGAUGCAUUUUCCACUCAUGUACAUCUGGACUUACUGAUUGAGAAGAUGAAGGAGACAGGAAACACAGACAAGGUUCAGAAACUGGAGGAGAUGAAGAAGAGAGCUGAGGAGGAACCCAAGGAAGGGAUGAGUUACUUCAGAACUGGAUUGAAGUGGGGAGGUAAAGUAUGUGAUUUCUUUCAAUGAAAAGCGCUCAUAUGAGACAUAGUAAUGAAUGCUGGAGUACAGUAUUAUUUUUCAAAGCUUUGAACACAGAACCUACUUUCAUCUAGCACCUACAUGUACUUUUUAUAUGUACAUAUGUUAACUACAUGCAGUUUAAGACUUGUGGUUCAUGGACUUAAAUCAGUUGAAAUAUGUUUUUGUCACUGGAAUGUCAUUGUAUCUGAACGUACCAUAAUUUAACAUGUUUAUCAAUGUGUAUGGAGGGGAAGAAAACAUGUUAUAAUGCAUUAUCACUAACCAUUUUGAAUUGCUAUGAAGUGAUUGUCAUAUCCUACAGUAUAUAUAGGUAACUGUCAUAUUUGUCGUCACACAUACACUGGAAAGUGAACGCUGGAACAUUUGGGUAUGUUGUCUAGAUGUUUCCAUAUAAGAUAUAUAUAAAUAAAUCAACACAACUGCAUCAUAUGAGUUCUGACUAUCUUGUAUAUUGUCAGUCUCUGUUUUGCGACUGCCAUACAUUUUGAUCCAAGCAAUGUUAAUUCCAUCAAGACUGAUGACCCCAAAGAAUUCAUGACAAGAAUCAACCUGUUCAUUUUGUGUUUAAUAGCAUUCAAUGUGAACUCAUUGAUGAGCAAUAUGAGUACAGUCAGGAGCCGGCCUGGAAACUGGGAUUAAAUGUCUUGCAACAGUUUUUGUUUUUAAAUAACAUGGAAGGAAAGAGCGUGAAGAUGAGCCAGGAAGUUCAGAGAGAGCGCAAACAGCUGUAAAUUGUACAUGCAUGUAUUAAAAUGUCAUGUUUUGAAAAUGUACAAAUGUAUUGUAAUUCACAUUACUACAAACUACCUUUGAGUGUCCUAUAUACUGUAGAUCCCUGUUUCCAUUAUGAAAUACAUUAAAUAAAUCAACACAA